CAUAAGUUUGUGAUUUUUCAACCGCGAAAAUGCUUCUCAAAGUGGUACUAUUCGUUGUGGGUACGCUUUUAACUAUUCCACUUGCAUAUGGAGGAUCAAAACUGGAGCUCCCUGAGGAAUUGAGGGAGCCUGCGAGACUCUUACAUGAACACUGCGUGGCUGAGACUAAUGUUGACGAGUCUCUAAUUUUGGCUAGUGUCGGAGGAUAUCUCCCUGAUGAUCGGAAUUUGCAAUGCUACAUCGACUGUCUCUUCCGUACGACGGGUUUGAUAGAUGAACAUGGUCAUAUAAUGUUCGAGGAAAUUGCUCAUUUACUCCCAACGGAAAUUAAAGAAAUCAUUGAAGCUGUAACUGCGAAAUGCAGAACGAUUCAUGGAAAAGAUGAGUGCGAAACUGCGUAUUUAACCGUAAAGUGCUACUUCGAAGCUGAUCCAGAACAUUCAAUGCUGAUUUGAAAGGGUGAACCGUGAACCGUUUUAACAUCUUCAGUGAAAUAAUAAAUUAUAUGCAAAUUGUGUAAAUUAAAGAAAAUAGUGUAAUCAAAAAUUUAAUAAAAUUCCUAAGUAUUAUUUUUAUA